AGCGAGAAUGAGUCAAAUUUCGGUUUCCCCGAUUACGAAACCCGAAAGAAGAUCGAGGACGCCGCUGUCGCCUACGUGAGGCAGCACUAUCAGGGGCUCGGUUAUCGAGUCGACAGCAAGGAAACUCAGAACGUUGGCUACGAUCUGGAGGUGGCGGAUUCGUCGACCGGCGAGAUUGUUGGUCGCGUUGAAGUAAAAGGGACCAGUCAGCAGGUCCCCGCUUUCUACAUCACUCGCAACGAGAGAUCGUCCGCACAGGUGCUGGAUGCUUGGAAGCUGGCCAUCGUGACCAAUGCGAUUGAUGAGCCGACGAUGCAAAUCCUGUCUGCUGACGAGAUGGAAGCUGCAUUCGAGUUCACCGAGAUCGCUUGGCGUUGCUUGCCACGAUGA